UUCACAUAUGAAAUAACAUAUAUGUUCAUGUAUGUAUGUGAUGAAUGAUUCGACAAGUCUAACGCAAAGGUACAGACCUGGAAAUCAUCGGCCGAAACCUUACGGCUGAGCGGGAGUGGAAACAACAUCGAAAUUCACCAACUUUGUCAUUCCCGUCACAAUUGGACACCCUGCGGUAUUUUGAGCAUAUCUCCAUUGUUUCUUCACGGAAUCGCAAAUCGUUUGAUUCUGUGGAUUCCUAAGACGUAAGGCUACAACUUUUGUGAAGAAACCGUGUUAAAAUAAUGAGUUUAAAGUGGUCAAAUAUAGCUCACAAGUGGACUCAUAGUUGCUGCCAGGAUUUUGGAUGUUCCAACGAACAACGAUUCCGACGAUUAUUUAUUAACUUCAAUAUUCUAACGCCGAACUUUCUUUGCAAUACCUUCCGGAUGUUCCUAAUAAUUGUUCGAGAGUUUAUGGUAAGUAUUUGGGAUGAAAUAAUGUGAAUUUUGGUGAAGAAAAACAUGCCAACUCGAGGAGCUCGCCACCACUGGUGCAGUCCCGGUAUUUUGGCCAUAUCUUCUUCGUUACUUAACGAAAUUGCGAGCCGUUUGUUGGGUUGGAUUCGUAACGUCCGGGGCUACAACUUUGGUAUAAUAAACAUUUUGAGAAAAUGAACGGAAAAUUUCAGAAUUGACUCACAAUUGGACUGAUUGUCUUAUGCUCAGGAUUUUGGACACUUGAAUGUGGCGACAAAAUGGAGGCCACUGUGACCGCGUCUUUGAAGCCUUUGUUGCCUCAAUCAAAGAUCCAGAAAACUGUCAUCUUAUUCACUGAUCAUCAAAUCUGUUUGAGCCCACUCAAAUUCUCAGCCCUCUAUUACCAUUCUUCUGCUCUUCGUUCUCCAACCGUCAGGUGCAUCGGCGGUGAUGGUAGCUCGUCGGAGGCUGUCCGAGCCCCCUGCGGUUUGGAGGGUGCUUUGGCUGGUAUGGUGGACGGGAGAGUGGAGGCACUUCUGGGUCGGGAAGAGAACCGGGCCUUGCUUGAUGGGUUGGAAAAGGCGACCAUGAGAGUGGAAAUUGCCAAGAAAGAAUUUGCUGAGGUUGAAAGGCGAGAAAUUGAAGCCAAGAUGGUUAGGGUUUACGUUCGCCAGCUUGAAAACAGAGCCUCAGAGAUUGCAGAAUGCCAAAAAGACAUUUCCGAAGCAUUACUUAUGGUUGAAGAGGCUGAACGAAAUCUUUGUUCUAGAAAGGCUUUGAAAGGAAUAGAAAACGAAACAAUGGACAAGCGAAAAGAAUCUUUUAAUGCUGCGUUGAUUUCUGCAGUUGUUGGCACCAUUGCAGGGCUUCCCAUUUCAUUAACUCGGGUCGCCACCAUGGAUGAGCUGAUACUCCAAUUGGCGAUCACUUCUAUUAGUUGUGCACUGUUUGGAGUAACCUUUCGCUAUAUGUUUACUAGAGACUUGGAUAAUUUUUGGCUCAAGACUGGAACACCUGCGGCUUUUGGUUUGGCAAAAGGCCUUGCAGAGUUGACCAAUGGAUCCCCUUUGGAGUUAAAUGAUCCAGCAACCUUCUUUUCUCAUGCUGCUAUGUGUAUCUCUGAUAAUCUGCUGGUUUUCCUGUUUGCUGCUGUUGGGUUAGACUUGUGCAUGAAGUUGAGGAUUUUGAGUCCAUUCCCUUAAGAGAAAUCAGCUCAAGAGUGACACUAAAAUGUUGGUGUGGUAAAUAAAUAAACCGAACGUAUACCACACUAACCUUUUGUGGCACACUCUAAAGGUUAGUGUGGUAAAACAGAUGAAUCUGCAACAUUUGGAAAAUGGGCAUCCUUUUUCUCACCCAUGUUAGAUUGUUGUUUUUUGGUAAAUACCAAAGUUUAAGACUAUGAUAUGUUUAUUAUUCCAUUUUAGUUCAGAGUAAAGUAUAUUGUAGAAAGCAAUCUCAUUAACAGAAACUAAAUUGCACACUUUAUG